AUGUCCGAACUUACCUACGUCAAUUACCAAGGCGCAGGUCAAACCAACAGUGACGAAUGUCAUUACUCGCAAGCCGUGAUUAUUGGUGAUAUCGUAAGGACCUCGGGUCAAGGCGGCUGGGACGAUUCUGGCGAAGUCAAAGCCAACGAUGCAAAGGGUCAAGUUGACCUCGCGUUCGAGAACGUUGACAAGGCACUGCGCGCAGUGGGACUGCGCGGCUGGGAGGACGUAUUCUCCGUACGGUCUUACCAUCGGGAUAUCGACACGACGUUCCCAAUAGUUGUCGAGAAGUUUAAGGAACGUAUUCCUGGUCAUCGACCCACUUGGACCUGUGUUCAGGUUGCCAGACUCGCGUUCCCGGCGAUGGACAUUGAGAUAGAGGUAGAGGCAUAUCGCGGCAAGAAGUAA